CAACAUUUUCUCUUCCACUUCACAUCAUCAUCUCCUCUACCUCUCUAAAUUUUUCGUUAUACAACUUUCUUCAAACCUUAAAGACAUCAAAACCAAACCUUUCUUCAAACCUUAAAGACAUCAAAACCAAACCUUAAAAACAUCAAAAUGCAACACUAACUAAACCAACAAUGUCGUUCCACAACAGCAGUUUCAAACUCUCACCAGAACUCCCUUUCAGCAACUCAUCAUCACCAUUCUCACUCUUCAACCUUUCUCGCUCCUCUCACAAUCUCUUUCUCUCUCAUCCCAAAUCCUCAUUUCCUACUGUCACUUUCUCCUCUCUCAAAACCACCCAUAAUUCAUCUCCCUCUCCCAACCCAACACCACCUUGGCUCACCAAAACCAAUUCUCCCAAAAGGGUCUCUGAAUCUACCGUCAAAGAACAAUCUUCUCAAGUACAACCUAGUAAACACACAACCCCUGUUGAAAGAAUUGUUUUUCGGUUGAGAAACCUAGGGUUAACUGAAGAAGAUGAACCUCAACAACAAGAAGAACAGCAUGAAGAAGAAGUUAAAUUGAGUGCUACAACUGUUACUGGAGAUGAGAAAUUGAGUGAGUUAUUGAAGAUAAAAUGGGUUCGUCCUGAUGUUUUGUUGGAUGAGGAGAAUGAGGAUGAAGAGGAGAAGUUGGUGGUUCCAUGGAAGAGAGAGGAAGAAAGGGAAAUGGGUGGUGGUGGUGGUGGUGAGGUUGAACAAGAUGGGUUUAAGAAGAGGACUUUAAAGGCUCCAUCUUUGGCUGAAUUGACACUUGAGGAUGAGUUGUUGAGGAGGUUGAGGAGAGAGGGAAUGCAUAUUAGGGAGAGGGUUAGUGUUCCAAAAGCUGGACUUACACAAGAGGUUAUGGAGAAGAUUCAUGAGACGUGGAGGAAAGAGGAGUUGGUUAGACUUAAGUUUCAUGAGGAACUUGCUAAGAAUAUGAGGAUUGCUCAUCAGAUUGUUGAGCGUCGAACAGGAGGAUUGGUUACAUGGAAAGCGGGAAGUGUUAUGAUGGUGUAUCGUGGUAAAAAUUAUCAAGGUCCUGCCUCACCGAAGGAACUCGAUGUGAGAGAAGGGGAUGGCUUUUUUGUGCCAGAUGUCUCAUCGGGAGGUUUGUCGAAAACAGAAGACAGUAAUGCAGCCUCAUCACUUGGAAACGGUGAGUCGGUUAGGAGGAACAGCAAACUGCCUGAGAACAUGACAAGAGAGGAAGCAGAGUACAAUGCGCUGCUUGAUGGUUUAGGACCUCGAUUUGUUGAAUGGUGGGGUACAGGAAUACCUCCGGUUGAUGCUGACUUAUUUCCGCCUGUUGUUCCUGGUUAUAAAACACCUUACAGGCUUCUACCUACUGGAAUGCGUUCUCGGCUAACAAGUGCAGAAUUGACUGAUUUGAGGAGAAUCGCAAAGUCACUUCCUAGUCAUUUUGCCUUAGGGAGAAAUAGAAAUCACCAAGGCCUAGCAUGUGCUAUUCUUAAGCUUUGGGAAAAGAGUUUAAUCGCAAAGAUUGCUGUUAAACCCGGUAUCCAGAACACAAACAAUAAACUAAUGGCUGACGAACUUAGUGCAUUAACAGGAGGUACCUUGCUGCUAAGGAAUAAAUAUUUCAUUGUUAUUUAUCGUGGGAAGGACUUUGUUCCAACAGGCGUGGCGGAAGUUUUGGCUGAAAGACAGGAAUUGACGAAACAGGUACAGGAUGUUGAAGAGAAAGUGCGGUGCAGAGCCGUUGCCGUGACUCCAUCUGGACAAGGUGAAGCAACAGCACCGGCAGGAUCUUUAGCAGAGUUCUAUGAGGCUCAGGCUCGUUGGGGAAGGGAUGUAUCUAGUGAAGAGCGUGAGAGGAUGGUAGAAGAAGCUACCAAAGCUAAGAAUGUUAAGAUUGUCAAACAAAUCGAGCACAAACUCUCUCUUGCCGGGACCAAAAUUCUUAGAGCCGAAAAGCUGUUAGCCAAAAUAGAAUCAUCCAUGGUUCAAGCUGGUCCUGAUUAUGACCAGGAAAUAAUCACGGACGAAGAACGUGUCGUGUUCCGCAGGAUUGGUUUAAGAAUGAAGCCAUACUUACCACUUGGUAUACGCGGUGUUUUUGGCGGUGUCAUUGAGAACAUGCAUUUGCAUUGGAAACAUCGAGAACUUGUAAAAUUGAUAACAAAGCAAAAAACUCUUGCUUUCGUCGAAGACACGGCAAGGCUACUUGAAUACGAGAGUGGUGGAAUACUAGUGGCAAUAGAGAAAGUUUCUAAAGGAUUUGCUCUUAUUUACUAUCGCGGUAAAAACUAUAAGCGGCCCAUUACUUUAAGACCUAGAAACCUUCUAACAAAGGCAAAGGCAUUGAAGCGUUCCGUAGCCAUGCAACGCCACGAGGCUUUGAGUAACCAUAUUACAGAAUUGGAAACAACAAUUGAGCAGAUGAAACAAGAACUUGGUCUAUCUGAAGAUGAUAGGAGCGUGAAGGAAGUGCAUGAAAACCAAUUAGACCAAAUCUCAGAACUCACCGACAGUGAAGAUGAUGAAGAUUCGGAUGAUUUUGAGGACGAGGAAGAUGCUGGUUGGGAUGAAGACGAGAACUCCGAGUUUUCAGAACUCGAAGUCAAUGAGCAUCCUUGAAGACUAGUUGGCAUAUUUUCCUUGAUGUUUCAUGAUAACAGCUGCUAUUACCUGCAAGCUAGAUACAUACUCACAAGUUUUCAAAAGUUUGCAACGGUCAACCGAAAAACUGUCUCCUCGGUUCUGCGAUUCCAAUGCUUUACUGUAAUCAAAAGGCAGCCUUAGAACUGAAGAACACGGAAUUCGAUUUAUUGACAGUUCUACAAAGAUGUGCCUACAGCAGCAAAAAUUCAUGAUCAAUUAAUCUUUCACUUCUUUUUCAGUAGCAUUUUAUAGAAUGCUUGCUGAAUUUUGAGUAACAUGAUGAACAAACAAACACUAGUGCUGUAUACUAAACUCUAUCUCUCAUUGUUCACCUGAUUAUUGUAAAGUUUUCUCCACAUUGUAAUAAAUGUACCAUAGUGUAAUAG